AAGUAGACUUGCUGGUCUUCUGCCGAAGAUAAAUCAGGAAGUGCUAAUAAAUAAACAGAGCUAACCACUUAGCUUCAGCUAGGUUACGUUCGUUUUUAAUCGGUAAAGACAGAAUGGGACUGUUCGGCAGAACCCCCGAGAAACCACCAAAAGACCUGGUUCAAGAGUGGUCUCACAAAAUCAGAAAGGAGAUGAGAGUGAUUGACAGACAGAUUAGAGCUAUUCAAAUGGAAGAGGAAAAAGUUAAACGGUCCAUCAAAGAUGCCGCAAAAAAAGGCCAAAAGGAUGUGUGUGUCAUCCUUGCCAAGGAGAUGAUUCAGUCAAAACGAGCUGUCACUAAACUCUAUGCUUCUAAAGCACACAUGAACUCUGUGCAACUCAGUAUGAAGAAUCAGCUAGCUUUACUGCGUGUAGCCGGGUCUCUUCAGCAGAGCACCGAGGUCAUGAAAGCCAUGCAGAACCUGGUGAAAGUCCCAGAGAUCCAGGCCACCAUGAGAGAGCUGUCAAAGGAGAUGAUGAAGGCUGGCAUUAUUGAGGAAAUGUUGGAAGACACAUUUGAGAGCAUGGAAGAUCAAGAUGACAUGGAGGAAGCAGCAGAGGCAGAAGUUGACAAGAUUCUCUAUGAGAUCACAGCAGGUGCCCUUGGCAACGCACCAAGCAAAGUCAACGAUGCCCUGCCUGAGGUUGAGCCUGCUGGAGCUGCAGCUGCAGCUUCAGAUGAAUCAGAAGAGGACAUUGAGGAGAUGCAGUCAAGAUUGGCAGCUCUGAGAAGCUAAAUGGGACUGUGGUUGUUGUUGUUCUAUGGAAGUCCGUUUAGUCUCUUCAUAAAGGAUGGAGAGAAUGAAUGUGGUGCGGGCUUUACUGUGCUUAGUAGACUCCAUGCUUCAUGUACCAUUAUUAUACAUAAUCAGUUGUGAUUGACUUUCAGAUGUGAAAGUUUUCAUUUGGAUGUUUUGAUCUGCUCUGUCAGAGAAAGGUUGUUUAUGCUUUUUUUUUUUUUUUUUUGUUAUGUGGGUGUGCUAAAGCUCUGCUGUCCUAAUUUGAAUAGAAGAGAAUUUGAGAAGGUGUAACUAAUGUAAGUAUGAAAAGCCUGCUGUGCCUACAGUGCUUCAUCAUAUUCUUCUGUGCUAUGGUCUGGACUACUCUGGUAUCUGUAAUCCAUGUAAAUAAUUGUUAAAGCCGUCCUGCACGCGAUUCACUACCCAGGGUAGAAACAACAGUUACGAAGUUAUCCAGCUGUGUUUCAAUCCGAAACACUAAAUAAGAGUGCGGGGGAGGGGAGUCUCUUUAAGUUCUUUUAUUGUCUGUGUUUAUUCUAGAAUGUGGUCAUACACAUGAAAUAUACAUGGCAAAAAUAAUGCACACAUUUGCUUUCACUCAUGUCUUCAAUCUAUGUUUUAUU